GUUGAAACUUCAACUGACAAUAUAACGUGUGUUUUAAUGGGCAUAUUUUUUCUUUGAUCAAGUUACCGUGAUUAACUUUUUAGUAUAACAAAUAAUUUUCAGCAAAUCAGAGAACACUUGGAAACGUAUUCGCAUAAAAUUAGGCUUAGCGGUAUUUGAAAUUAAGUGAAGAUGUUUGAAAGCGGUAUAGAAAUAAAAAUAAAUAAAUAAUUUUAGGAAGUUAAUUAUGCAUGACAACUCAUUUACUUCUAUAAAAUAACUAUCUGUAGCUUCGCUGCACCUUUAGCCAACGUCUGAACGUGUGAGCUAGUUUUCUGGACGGCGAAAUUUCGUGACACAUUUCACAACUCGCAAAAAAUGUAGUCAUAUGUUGCUCGGAGUCUGAUUUUAAUUCGCUAUAUUUCGCGUUCGGCUCUGACCGCCGCGGGGGUUAAGCGUAUUGGGCAUCAAUCGGCUUGGCAGGAGGAGCAGUCGUGCGCAAAAGCGCGGAGACACUACGGGUUCCUGCCAGUGUUGUAUUCGCCUCGGAUCAGGUGGGAAUAACGUGUUUUAGGGAUGCGCUCGUGUUGUUUUUGUAGUGUGUGGUGGCCUCAGAUCUCAGUGUGUUUUAUUUUUAGAGCGGGGAGGCGCAAUUCAUGUUCGUGAACAUGGCCGCUUUUUUUGUGCGCUUUGAAGUUUUCUUUGCAGCCAUGAUGGCUAAGUGAACCUACCGGGUCAUAAGCUAGUAGGCGUCGUACUUGGAAGGUCGUGUCUGGGGAGAAGGUCUGUGUGCUCCGAUUUUUGUGCGGAAAAAAGCUGAAAUAUGCUACAAAUGUGAUAGUUUCUCAUUAUAUUAGUUGUUUCACACAUAUUACAGUGAUAUUUCGUAGUUAUUUUCGUAUAUUUUAAAAAUAACAGCUGCAGUAAGUGUGAGCAGCGAUGCAUCGCAGACGGAGAGCAGACAGCAGCAGAAGAUGUUAGAUAUUUUGUGAAACGAAAGUGAAAAUUGUGGGUCUACUUCUGCCAAAUGGGAGUGUGUGUUUAGGAAUAUUCAAUGACUUGAAGCUAGCGUAUAGAAAAAUAAAGCAGCUGCUAGCUGGACAACAGUAGCAGCACAGAAUACAGACUACCAAGGACUCCAGACCUGAUGCUGUAGUGGGACAUUGGACAUCAGACAAAUGGGUGAAGUACAAGAUCCUGAACAGCAGUAUAGUCUGCGUUGGAAUGACUUUCAUGCCAGCAUUAUUUCAUCGUUCAGACAUCUAAGAGAUGAAGAGGAUUUUGUGGAUGUUACUCUGGCAUGUGAUGGAUGUUCCUUCACAGCACACAAAGUGGUUCUAUCUGCUUGUAGUCCAUAUUUUAGAAGACUGUUAAAGGCUAACCCUUGUCAGCAUCCUAUUGUUAUAUUAAGAGAUGUAAAGGAGAAGGACAUGGAAUCGCUUUUGCGUUUUAUGUACAAUGGCGAAGUGCACAUAGGUCAGGAACAGUUAUCGGACUUUCUGAAGACGGCUCAGAUGCUGCAGGUCCGAGGACUUGCUGAUGUCCCCACAAAAGAAAACCAAAAACCACCUGUAUCAAAUUCACUUCCAUGGUCACAGUCUUCUGAAAUGAGAGAUAGUUUCAAUGACGACGAUGUUUCACCACCACCUAAAAGGAAUCGCUUCUCGCCAUCUCCUGCAUCUUCUGCGGCACAUAACAAUGGCGGUGAACAGAUGAUGAGAGAAUCCCUCUUGGGCCAAGCAUUGGAAAGUGGAGCCCAGCUGCCUCCCUCGGCUGGCUCUUCUCAUCAGAACAAGGGUACAUCUGAAUCUUCUCUGCAAGCGCAGUCAACUGGUGAGGAUAGUAAUUCGAGUGAUACCGCAAUGUCUGACAGAGGAGGACAUAUGACUGAUAUUGUUCCCAAGACUGAACCAAGUGAAUUUGGUUCAGCUGAUGAUAAUCAACAACUUCAUCAUCAUGGCAAUGGCAAUGGGAUUGGUCUGGACACACAGAGGACUCCCCCAUUUCCAGCUGCACUUCUUGGUUUACAAGGCAUUCCUGGACUGCUUCCUGGACCUUCUGGUCUCCACAGUAAUAAUCAGGAUGGAAAUUUUGUAUCAAGACGAGGUUUGGAUAUGAUGCGGGUACGUGCAACAGACCCAAGGCCUUGUCCAAAAUGUGGGAAGAUUUAUCGUUCAGCACAUACAUUACGCACUCAUCUGGAGGACAAACACACUGUGUGCCCUGGAUAUCGUUGUGUGUUGUGUGGCACUGUGGCAAAAUCAAGAAACUCUCUUCACUCCCACAUGAGCCGACAGCAUCGAGGCAUCAGCACGAAGGACCUUCCUGUAUUACCAAUGCCUUCCCCUUUUGAUCCAGAACUGGCAUCAAGAUUACUGGCGAAGGCAGGUGUCAAAGUGUCAGCAGCUGAACUACGUGCACGGGCUUCUCCGACAGGGCCACGUCGCCCUGAAAUGAGGCUCGAGGUAAAAACAAACCACGUGGGGGACUCAGUAAGGUAUUCUAGUGCACCAUCUGAAGCAGGGAGCAGUAUUUAUGGUGGUGAUGACCCAGAAGACCUGACAGUUUCCAACUCUAGGUUUGGAAAUGUUGAACUUACACCACUUUCGCCAUCUGCUAAUUCUGCCCCUGUAAUUACAAAGGCUGGACCUCCUAAGCAUCAUCAGAAUCCUGCAAUAGCAGCAAAAUCUCUGGAGGCAUUGGGCAUGGGUGCACCCCCUGUCGGCAACAGACUUGUUGAAGGAAAUCGUGCGCCUUUACCACCACCACCUCCACCAACACCAUCUGGAGCCUCUACUGGUAGUGCAAUAUUAGACACUUACCUACAAUUUAUAGCUGAAAACUCAAAUACUUUGGCACUGGGAUUGAGUCGUGAGCAAGCAGCUGCACAUGUAGCUGCUGCUGCUGCUGCUCAGCAUGCUGCUGAAGUUGCCUCAGUGGAGGGUAAGAUUGGUUUAGCGGAGCAGACACCUGAACGGGUUGUGGAUCGAGACAUUUUGGAAGAUAUGGAAUCAUCAGGAGCAGAUGAUGAUGAUUAUAGUGAGGAUGAACAAGAGGCUAUCAAAGCUGAAUAAAAAUUAGGCUUCAUUCACCCCUGGAUUUGUACUUCAUGCUCAGUUUCCCAUCUCCUGACACGGGUAAGAAGUAUAUCAUAAAAGAAGAGAAACUGUGUUGAAGUACAAGAAUUCCUUCCAUCUACCUCACUCUCAGGAUGUCACAAAUGUUUUUAAUUCUUUCUGAAUUUUUGUGCAUAUAAAAUAAACAAUCAGGUCAAUGUAAAAGAGAAUGUGUUAUGUUGAGAGACUGGUUUAGAGUGGCAUGUCUAUUUCUGAUAUGCAUAAAUUCAUUAUCACUGGUUUACUAUUGUGUUUGACUAAUUUAUGUAUCUUAUAUUUUUAGGUGUUAAGACAUUUUAUAUUAUAUUUCACAUAAUUUAUUUUAUACUUUAUACAUUUAUUAUUUGAUGUGUUAACCGCUCUUUUUAGAAUUUUACAAUCAGACAUUUUGACUGAACAUAUUCCAUCCUUCUACCUCAAUUGCCAUUUUGUAAAAAGAAUCUAUGGUCCAUCUAAAAUGACGGGAAUAAUUGUGGCAAAGAUUCUUACAGGCACUUAAGCACCUGAAAGUCACUAGCAUGAUUAUCUGUAUGUAUAAAAUUUAUUUUUACGUUAUAGAUUACACUGUUCCAAGAAUAACUCUUGGUUUAUAUAAACCAUAUACCACGAGAAAAAUUAAUGAUUGCUAUACUGAAGCAAAUGUCAUAUUUACUGUAUUUAUAAAAGGGCAUUUCACUAUCUCUAUUUCAUAUUAUUUUCAAUGGUUUUAAUAUUAUUAAAUCUCCAGAUUCACAGGGAGAGGUAUUUUGUAUGGCUUAUUUUGUAAAUAUCGCACAUGACAAUUACAGGAGUCUAGUUAGUGCUGCAAUACUCACAUUAUUUUGUUAAGAUUUUUUAUGGAAUUUUAUUUUUCGUGUCCUAUCAAUAAAGUUCUCAGGUUAUCUUCUGCCCUGCAGUAGAAAAAUUUUAUAAGUGAUAAUAUUUAAUCAUUUACCACUAUAACUGUCAUAAUUUUUGCCACGGGUUUGUGAUACUCACUUAAAAUAAAAUUUCAGUUGUUAUGUGUCCAGUAAUGAAUGUGGUAUUGCAGUUCAAUUAAAUUGCAGUGGUACUGUAUAAAUUAUUUAUACUCAUUUUCUUUUUUCUGUUUUGAAGUGUUGUUAUAAAGAGAGAGACAUGGAAAACUUUUAUGUGAAUGUAUGUUAAAAGAUGAAAAUUACAAACAUCAUAGGAACAAAGGAUGGAAUGCCUUCUGCUACUGAUAUUCAUACAAGAUUUUAGAUGUUGUUACUAUUAUUGUGAACAUUAACCAGAAUUGUGGCUUCCAGGGUGGAGUUGCUCCUGACGUCGUUUCACCUCAGUUGCUAGUUUUCACAUGUGGUACAUAAACAUCUCGGGCUUUAUUUUCUAAUUACUUCCACAAAGUACAAAGUUUGUAGCAAAGUCUGUGGUGCUAAAUUCAAUAUUUAUUCCAUCAAAGAAAAGAAUGGGCAGGGAAAAAAUAACUCUUAUUGUCACAGAAUAGCAUCAUGAUCCUGAAACUCGCUAUUAGUACCUCACUCUCCUGACUAGAAUUAAGCAGGUCCCCCGAGCUAUAUGGGGCAAUUGCUCCUAGGUCCUCAGGAAUGUAAAAUACAUGUGUUAAUUAGUAAAUACUGUUACAAAUUCA